AUGGCGAAGCACGGCCCCUCCCAAGCAGAGGACGACCCCGUCGCCAGCAACAACAGCAUAGCCAUACACCCGAGCCUAAGAGCACACCCCCUGCUGGCGAGCUAUCCACGCCUCGCCGCCCCCCUAGUCCCACCGCUCGCGGACGACGUGCUAGUCGACCUCCUCGACUUCACGUAUGCCGUGGAGCGAGCGAAUUCUUCGACGCGGGAGGAGCGCCUCGCGGCCGCGCGGCUCAAGGCGCGCGCCAUGGCGCACGACGACGAGGACGGACUGCUGGCCCGCCUGUGCGCGAUCGAGCGCUCCCUCGCGGCCGACAAGCGCUGGCGCGACGCCUAUGAGGCGCGUAGGUCAAACUACAGCCGCUACCUCUCGGGCGAGGAGUGGGCGGCCGUGCAGCCCGCGGACCGCGACGACGCGCCGCCGAUCGCCGUGACGUCGUACAAGGUCCUCGACGCGCUCGACGCCCCCGACCUGCUCCGCCUGUGCGAGUACUACGGCUUCCAGCCCGCCGCCGACACGAGCAAGGCCCGCCUCUGCGCCAUUGUCGCGUACGAGAUUGGCGUGCCGGUGCUCGACCUCCCGCCGCUUGCGCGCUUUGUGGCGCCGGGGCUUGGGGGUCCUCCGGCUGAGGACGCUGAGGCGGAGGAGGCUGAGGCGGAGAAGAGCGCGCUUAAGAAGCGUACCAAGAGGGGAUAA